GCUCACGGUUCCUCUCUCUCUCUCUCUCCCUCUCUCUCUUUCUUUCUCUCUCUCUUUCUCUGUUUCCCUUUCAUUCUGCUUCCCCGGAGCUGAAUGAAGCAGAGAGCAGGAUUAGAGUCCGCCACCGGCUAUCAGAAGAGCCUAGAUAAAAGGAACUGCUUCUUAAGCACCACUGCCGCAGCCCUUGUUAAUUUUUUUUUUUUUUCUUUCCACACAACAGUUGUGCCUCAUUAUCUGGUGCCUGGCUCGAUUUUUUUUUUUUUUUUUUUUUUGGAGGGUUUGAAGUUUCUGGGCUUCAGUGACUAUUACAGAAGAAGAGGUGUUAGUGUUGCCGUGAGGUCUUGAUUGUCUGCAUUUAUGAAUGAAACUGACCUAAAUCACCUGUUACCUCCAGUUUCCAGAUUGUUUGAACUUCUCUGGCCGCACAAUACAGGAGGGAAGGCUGAAGCAGCCUAGGGACCUACAGCGUCUGCAGCAUGGGCUGGUUCGCUAGGAUUGUCUCUCUUUUCUGGGGAGUGUUACUUACAGCGAGAGCAAACUAUCAAAAUGGGAAGAACAACGUGCCAAGGCUGAAAUUAUCCUACAAAGAAAUGUUGGAAUCCAACAAUGUGAUCACUUUCAAUGGCUUGGCCAACAGCUCCAGUUAUCAUACCUUCCUUUUGGAUGAGGAACGGAGUAGGCUGUAUGUUGGAGCAAAGGAUCACAUAUUUUCAUUCAACCUGGUUAAUAUCAAGGAUUUUCAAAAGAUUGUGUGGCCAGUAUCUUAUACCAGAAGAGAUGAAUGCAAGUGGGCUGGCAAAGAUAUCCAGAAAGAAUGUGCUAAUUUCAUCAAGGUGCUUAAGGCUUAUAAUCAGACUCACUUGUACGCCUGUGGAACGGGGGCUUUUCAUCCAAUUUGCACCUACGUUGAAAUUGGACAUCAUCCUGAGGAUAACAUUUUUAAGCUGGAGGACUCACAUUUUGAAAAUGGCCGUGGGAAGAGUCCGUAUGACCCUAAACUGCUGACAGCAUCUCUUUUAAUAGAUGGAGAAUUAUACUCCGGGACUGCGGCUGAUUUUAUGGGGCGCGAUUUUGCAAUCUUCAGAACUCUCGGGCACCACCAUCCAAUUAGGACAGAGCAGCAUGAUUCCAGGUGGCUCAAUGAUCCAAGGUUCAUUAGUGCCCACCUCAUCCCAGAAAGUGACAACCCUGAAGAUGACAAAGUAUAUUUUUUCUUCCGUGAAAAUGCGAUAGAUGGAGAACACACUGGAAAAGCCACUCAUGCUAGAAUAGGUCAGAUAUGCAAGAAUGACUUCGGGGGGCACAGGAGUCUAGUGAAUAAGUGGACAACCUUCCUCAAAGCCCGUCUGAUUUGCUCAGUGCCGGGACCAAAUGGCAUCGACACUCAUUUUGAUGAAUUGCAGGAUGUCUUCCUAAUGAAUUCCAAAGAUCCCAAGAAUCCCAUUGUAUAUGGAGUGUUUACAACGUCCAGUAACAUCUUCAAAGGGUCAGCUGUGUGUAUGUACAGCAUGAGUGAUGUGAGAAGGGUGUUCCUUGGUCCAUAUGCUCACAGGGAUGGUCCCAACUAUCAGUGGGUGCCUUAUCAAGGAAGAGUCCCCUACCCACGACCAGGAACUUGUCCCAGUAAAACAUUUGGUGGAUUUGACUCUACAAAAGACCUUCCUGAUGAUGUUAUAACAUUCGCAAGAAGUCAUCCAGCUAUGUACAAUCCAGUGUUUCCUAUUAAUAACCGCCCGAUAAUGAUCAAAACAGAUGUAAAUUAUCAGUUUACACAAAUUGUAGUUGAUCGAGUGGAUGCAGAAGAUGGCCAAUAUGAUGUUAUGUUUAUUGGAACAGAUGUUGGGACUGUUCUUAAAGUAGUUUCAAUUCCUAAGGAGACUUGGCAUGAUUUAGAAGAAGUUCUGUUGGAAGAAAUGACAGUUUUUCGGGAGCCAACUUCUAUUUCAGCAAUGGAGCUUUCCACCAAGCAGCAACAACUAUAUAUCGGUUCCACCACGGGGGUUGCUCAGCUCCCGUUACACCGCUGCGAUAUUUAUGGGAAAGCCUGCGCAGAGUGCUGCCUCGCCAGAGACCCUUACUGUGCCUGGGAUGGCUCUUCAUGCUCUCGCUAUUUUCCCACUGCAAAGAGACGCACAAGACGACAAGAUAUAAGAAAUGGAGACCCACUCACUCACUGUUCAGACUUACAACACCACGAUAAUCACCAUGGCCACAGCCUUGAAGAAAGAAUCAUCUAUGGAGUAGAAAAUAGUAGCACGUUCCUGGAAUGCAGUCCAAAAUCACAGCGAGCUCUGGUCUAUUGGCAAUUCCAGAGGCGAAAUGAAGAGCGAAAAGAAGAGAUCAGAGUGGAUGAUCAUAUCAUCAGGACAGAACAAGGCCUUCUACUGCGUAGCCUGCAACGGAAGGAUUCAGGCAAUUACCUCUGCCAUGCCGUGGAACAUGGAUUCAUGCAGACUCUUCUUAAAGUGACCUUGGAAGUCAUUGACACGGAGCAUUUGGAAGAACUUCUCCAUAAAGAUGAUGAUGGAGAUGGGUCUAAGACCAAAGAAAUAUCCAACAGCAUGACACCUAGCCAGAAAGUCUGGUACAGAGACUUCAUGCAGCUCAUCAACCACCCCAACCUGAACACAAUGGAUGAGUUCUGUGAACAAGUAUGGAAAAGGGACCGAAAACAGCGUCGGCAAAGGCCAGGACAUAACCAAGGGAGUAGUAACAAAUGGAAGCACUUACAGGAAAAUAAGAAAGGUAGAAACAGGCGGACCCACGAAUUUGAGAGGGCACCCAGGAGUGUCUGAGCUGCAUUACCUCUAGAAACCUCAAACAAGUAGAAACUUGCCUAGGUAAUAACUGGAAAAAUGCAAUAUACAUGAACUUUUUUCAUGGCAUUAUGUGGAUGUUUACAAUGGUGGGAAAUGCAACUGACUUCCCCCAAUUAUAAAUUAAGUCCAUGAGUAACUUUGCUAACAGGCUUUCCGCCUAAUACCAACACCUAAUAGAGGUCAGGUGAACGCAGAUGUUCACUUUAGCAGACUUAAAUGUUUCCUAUGAGAUUUCAUUGUACAGGUUUCACUUUCUUCUUUGCCUGAGAAAUAAAAAUGUCAUUUGCCAUAUUGCCAUCUAAAGAAGAAAAACUGCAUCAGCAAAGCCAUUUUACUGAACUGAAAAGUUUAAAAUAAACUGCAUGGAUUUAUGAAGCUGAUGAAUAUUCCAAAAUAUAGUUGGAUUCAAGGAUAUUUUUUUGUCUACCAGCACUCAUGUUUAUAUGUACUGGAGGAGUAAAAUGAUACUGAAUGAAAUGGUCUGUGGAAAUAUAAAAAACAUAAACCAUCCAUCAUCCAGAAGAAAAAUGGAAUACACUGAUCUACUACUGAUGUCUUCUUUCAGCUUUGAUCUAAAGAUGUAUUUUAUUAAAACUGUAAUUUAAAUGUACCAUGACAAAUAUGCAGUAAAAAUUAGCUCUUUUCUAAGCUAGAGUAGGUUUUUGUCUUACAGUUAUUGUGCUAUAUAGUUUUUGUUUUAAAAACUCCAAUCGCGCGCUGCUUUUUUCCGACAUUGUGUUUUUAGUUCCACAAGAGGGAUAGCCAGUAGUGUUCAAGAAACACAUAAACAUCAUUUACCGCUGUUUCCUGAAGCCUGCAUAUAAAUUAGGCUUUAUUUCUCUGAGGAAUUCAAACAAAUAACACCUCCCCCUUCUUUAAGUAUUAUCGAAAAUUAAGUUUAACUUGCAUAAUGUUUUCUAGAAAAUACAGAGCAUUUAACCAGCAAAAUCAGAAGAUGCAAACUGAUCUGUUAAAUACCUUGUGUUGUACCUAAUGGAUCAAUAAGGAGAAAAGGAACUGCAUAUUUCAUGAAAAGAAUAAGCAUUGUUUAAAUAUAACAUUAACAGAAAAACUCUUAAUUCUGUGCUUGAAAACCUGCAUGAUAUUUGAGAUAUAAAAAACUCCAAUGAUUCCUUUAGGAAUUACAUCUCUGUCACUCAAUUUUUUU